CGAAACGUCAAAACAAUUCCCGCCAAAUUUACCAGUUCUGAUUCUCAUAGCGUAUUGUAUUGUAGUGCUAGUGAACAGCAUUGCAUUGUUUUGUAUAAAUAAUUAAGGUUAUUUAAAAGCCAAAAUGGGUAUUCAGGGCUUAACAAAACUUAUAGCAGAUAUAGCUCCGCAGGCCGUAAAGGAAAUGGAGAUCAAAAACUACUUCGGACGCAAAAUCGCUAUCGACGCAUCUAUGAGUCUUUAUCAGUUUCUAAUAGCAGUAAGAAGCGAAGGUGCUCAACUGACGUCAGUCGACGGAGAGACAACGUCUCAUCUGAUGGGUACAUUCUACCGUACCAUCCGCUUGGUAGAAAAUGGAAUUAAGCCAGUGUAUGUGUUUGAUGGAAAGCCGCCGGAGUUGAAGUCGCAUCAGCUGAAUAAGCGAGCUGAGCGCCGAGAGGAGGCUGAGAAAGAGCUGCAAAAGGCUACAGAAGCAGGUGACCAAGCAUCCAUUGAGAAGUUCAACCGUCGGCUGGUGAAGGUGACCAAACAGCAUGGAGAAGAGGCCCGCUCUCUCCUGAAGCUCAUGGGCAUCCCCGUGGUGGAAGCUCCGUGUGAGGCAGAGGCCCAGUGUGCAGCACUUGUUAAGGCCGGCAAAGUAUUCGCAACAGCGACAGAAGAUAUGGACGCGCUCACAUUCGGUGCCAACGUGUUGCUUCGCCAUCUUACCUUUUCUGAGGCGAGGAAAAUGCCCGUCCAGGAGAUACAUCUAGACCGGGUCCUAGACGGGCUGGAACUUAAGCACAAUGAGUUCAUCGACCUCUGCAUCUUGUUGGGCUGCGAUUACUGCGGCUCCAUCCGCGGCGUGGGGCCCAAGCGAGCCAUUGAGCUGAUCAGACAACACCGUACACUAGAUGAGGUUUUGAAAAAUAUCGACACUACCAAGUACCCUCCUCCAGAGAACUGGGACUACGCGGACGCGAGAAGGCUAUUCUUGGAGCCCGAGAUCACGGACCCUAAGGAUAUUGAGAUAAAAUGGACAGACCCUGAUGAGGAAGGUCUUGUAAAGUUCCUCUGCGGAGACAAGCAGUUUAACGAGGAACGAGUCAGGAACGGAGCCAAAAAACUCAUGAAGGCGCGCUCCACCACUACACAAGGACGUCUUGAUGGCUUCUUCAAGGUCUCAACAACGCCCAACCCCAAACGCAAGGCCGAAGAGGAAAAAAAGAAUGCAGCUAACAAGAAAGCGAAGACGGGAGGAAGAGGACGGAAGCCGAAAUAAAGACAUAACUAGUAUUUUAAUAUUGCUAGAUGUACCUUGGACCAGAGACGUCAUAUCACGUUAAUGAAGAUUAGUGCAACGUCAUUUGACGUCAGAUGUAAAAUCGAAUUAUGUUGCAUUAUUGUUUUACUUGUACAAUCUCACUAAUCGGGUACUAAUGCUCACACUGGAAAAUUCGGAUUACCGGAAGUUAAAACAAAUUUGCUUAUCUUAAAAUAACAAUAUACAUAAUGGAUAUAUACAGAGGAUUACUAUAACUAGCUUAUAUCUAAAAUAGGCCCUUGAGACAUUGUACCAAGGAUCCUGGCGACAUUUCCUCGUUGCAUAAUUAUAUUGAUGUGUUUUAGCAUGUUGAAGCAAUUCAUUAUAAUAAUAUCUUUAAUUCAAUGAAAAUUGUACUGUUAUCUGGAUUUUAGAAAUUUAUAAAGAUAUUCAUGUGAUAAUAUAAACGCACAUAGUAAAUUCGGACAUAAAAUAAUCAACUGCACCCCUAUUUUAGUGCCGGAUUAUUGGGUGUACCGGACCAUAGACUGCCGGAUUACCGUGAUUUUACUGUACUCCUUAUGACGCAGCAAUACUACGAAUUUUCCUAUCACGAAAAUAUCAAAUUUUGAAUAAUAAUUGAUAUACCAGCUGUUUAAAAAAAAAACGAAUAAUUAUUUAUUUCUCGAUUAUUCAGUCGUUACGCGAAGUCGAAAAUAAAAUGUUUUUUAAACAUGCAAUUUGUUUUGCAUGUUCGUUUUUGUCCUCUGUCAAAUCAUCUUGUUAAUAUUGUUUAGCUAUUAUCAGUCUGGUACUGUUAUUUCUUGCAUUUAAUUUGUAUUUUAAUGAUAAAUCAUAA